UAGCAACUACAAUAUAUAGUCUACAGCAGUAUUUUUAAUUUUUUAAGAACAAACUAGUAGAUUGUAACAUAAAUAAGAAACGAAAUAGUGUUAUAACAUUGUUAACCACAAAGCUAAAAAUAUUAACAAUGAAGUGUGUUCGUGUAACGCUGUAUGAAUUAUAGUUUCGCGAUUUCUAUGUAAAAUAUGGUGCUUUAAUUAUUUUCAAAAAAAUAUUAGUGAAAUAUGCGAUUUUUUUUUCGACCGAAAUGCCACGGGAUAUUCUGAGUGAAAGUUUAGCUGUCCUCCGAAUUAUUGAGCACGAAGAUGAAGAGUGUUGGCCCUUGGAAGACAAAGCGCCAGUUUGUAAACAAGCGAACAAGAAAAUUGUCAAUCCCGCUCCGAGCUGCCAGAAAGUUAUCACUAAGGAUGACAAUGCCUGUUAUUUUAAUUUAGGCCAUGGAGAUGGAACAAGCAAUCGUCAGCAAGAUCCAGUGUACAAAUACAAAACUAACAGCUUGCCAGCGGCAUCUUCCAUCAAUCAGUCCUGGGACGAUAUAGUUUGCUCUGCGUUGCGUAUAUCCCCAGAGGACAUAGCCAAUCAGUUGUCGCUCCUCGACCUGGCCUGCUUCAAGGCCAUCCAGCCCGAGGAGCUCACAACCUGCGGCUGGAAUAAACGCAACAAGCUCACUGUUGCCCCCAACGUCGUUGCCUUUACUAAGCGCUUUAAUAGGGUGAGCUUUUGGACAGUUCAAGAGAUACUAAACGGACAGUCGCCGAAGGCGCGGGCGGAGACUUUAGCUCACUUCAUAAAAGUCGCGAAGAAACUGCACGAACUUAACAAUCUUCAUUCGCUCUUCGCUAUCAUCUCUGCAUUAAACAGCGCAAGCAUAUACAGGUUGACGAAGACAUGGGCGUGUUUGUCGAAGAAAGAUAAACAGCAGUUCGACAAAAUGGCUGAAUUAUUUGGCGAGAAAGACAACUGGUCAGCUCUAAGGGAAUAUCUCCGCUCUAUCUCGCUGCCUUGUAUACCCUACCUUGGUAUAUUUUUAACGGACUUGGUGUACAUCGAUAUGGCACAUCCUGCGGAGUCUCCGCACCGCGCUGCCAAAAUGGCGGUGGUUUUACGCACUCUGCGCCGCUACCAGGCGUCACAGUACGACACGCCGCACCUACUUCAUGUCGCUGCGUUCCUCAAUAGCGUACGAUACAUCGAGGAGUUGCAGAAGUUCUUAGAGGAUGAUCAGUACAAGUUGUCAUUAAAAUUGGAACCACCGUCUCCUUCGGGCAGCCGUACUAGCUCCAAGGAGUCGGUAAAGGAGUGCGCGGCUUCGACAGUUGGGGGCUCCGCGUGUGUUGCGGCGGCGGGCUGUGCGGGUGCUCCGCCCUCGUUGCUCUCUCCGUCCCAUCGCCUCGGCUGCGGUUCUCUACGUCUGCAAGCCCCCUUCCAACCUAAGUUCAUACCGACACAUAGGAAGUGCCGCUCUCUUGGUUCCAACAUCUUCGGCAAGGGGUCCGGGCAGGGGGAGGAGCGCGAGGGGUGCGCGGGGCAGACUCCCCCGGGCUCCGUCAACCUACUUGACGACACGCUGUUAGAGGCGCCGGUCUCCGGAGCGGCGACUCCGCCUACUGGAGCCCUGCAUAGUGAGCUGUCGAACUCUGUGCCUUUCAAAUGCGACUUUGAGAGCUACGUGCGCAGGAAGACGGUGCUGAAGGAUGGGAGGAAGAUAUCUCUGUCGUCAUGGCAACGAUUUUGGUUGGAACUCGCCGGACCCGCUCUCGUCUUUUAUGCUUCCAAGUCAUUUAAAGGGAGUAGCCGUAGCGACUUCAGGUCGGAGCGGUGCAAGGUGAUACCGCUGUUGGGAUGGACAGCCGCGCUUGAGGCUCCAGACUGCUUCCAGCUGCUGCACCGCGCCGCCGGCACACUCUACAGGUUCAAGACGGGGUCAGAGAGUGUAGCGAAGCAAUGGGUGGUGAAGAUAGAGGAGGUGAAUAACAGAAGUGAGAAGCCGCUGCCAGCAAAUCUUAUGUCGUUCGAGUAACGCUCAUCGCCUUAUGUACUUUAUUACUUAAGUGGCGUGGAAACUUACUCUAGUGUCACACGGGAGUGGUACUGCUGCUUGUACCGCAUUACACUCUGUGUGAUACAAGUUAGUUUAUCGUCUGUACUGAAUCGCUACGUUUGCGUCCUCGAAGCAAUUGAAUAUUUUAACAAUAUGAGCUGAGGUGCUCAAUUUUUUUAGCCAAAGAAGUACUAAUUGUUAUGCACAAAAUGUACGCAGCUAUUUGCGUUUGAAUUUGUGUUUCGAUUGUUGUGAUACUUGUUUUGAAACAUACAGUCGAAACCCGUAGUAUCGCCCUACAUCGAAAUAUCACUCGCGUUGCAUUUAUAAGAUGUUUUUUCCUGUAGCAGUAAAUGGCGGGUUUUUUAGAUCUCUGGAAAAGUGAUAAGCUAGAAAUCUCAGUUGCUACAGUCUUAAUUUCUCUUUUAAUUGGGUUAUAAUGGUUUUGUUUUUUCAACUCCCACCGUUUAGUUUUUUUAAUACUCUUUCGGAUGAUGUAAUGGUUUUUUUUUUGUUAAAUCGAUGUUUAAUUUUCACUAAUAGGUUAAUGUAUUCAUCCGCCUAAUGCUUUAGCUGAUUGCUAAAGAUAAUUUUCAAUGUUAUGCGUUUUUGUAUCUGCUUGAUAUGGCGUAUAAACUGCAUUAUGUAACAUUAGUUAUUUAAUUACGUGCUAUAUCAAAGUAGAAACCUUUAUUUCCAAACCAAAUUGUACAAAUAUCACUUUUUGUUUGUUCUGAAGUCUAUCUAUAUGCAGAUAAAGGUUUGUUUGAACAAAAUACAGACGAACAAAUCGUUUUUGCCAAUAUAGAUUCUCAUUCGUGUUUAAGUUAGUCAUUAUGUUACUGAUUGAAUGUGAACUCCGUCGGUUUAUAAUCUGACUAAUAUAUGAUAUGAUAUAGCAAUAUCUAGUCGGAUUAAAAACUGUCGAAUUUAACAAUUAAUCGGUAUAAUUUUGUUUAUUUAAUUUUAUUUGUACUGGGGCCUAAACAUAUAUGUUAUUGUUAAUAAAUUGUAUUGCCUUAUGUCGUAAUGUGCCGUGUUUUAGAGAUCUAUAAAAAAUAUAUAUUCACUAUAAGAUAUAUAUUCAAAGCGAUAGUUUAAUGAUCAAAUAUAAUAUGUUUAACAGUGAUAUAUGAUAAAUAAAAAACAGUGCUAUUAUUAUAUAAGAAGUAUUAUAUUUUUAGUUUUUUAACUUGCCCAGAUAUUGGUUUUUUGAAAUUGCCUGUUAUAAAUGUUAAAAUAUAAAAAUUAAAGCAAUAAAACUUUAGUUGGAAGAAAAAUGAAAAGUUACUAAUUUUAAGAGGGGGAGAUAAAAGAAUCUAUUAAGUAUUAAAAUCACAAAAUAGGGUAUUCCCUUAAUCGAUCGUCCCAAUGGGAAAAAGUCCCAAUUGUCAAUCGAUUAUUGACCUGAUCGACCCAAUGGGAAACACAAAACAAAAUAUAAAAAUACUCAACUUUUUAACAUGUAGCAAUCGUUUCGAAUAAAUUACGUCCUUUUAUAACAUUUUAAAGAGAAAUUCAGAUUUCUGUUUCACCUUUCAGAUGCUUUUUCCUCUAAAUCCAGAUCAAAAGAUCGUGUAGAUUUUUAUUAUCGAUUUACUUGUGUAAAAUUUCCUAAUAAUCAGAUGGAAUUUCAUAUUUAACCUUCCUUAUUAGUAAUUUAAUAAAACCAGUUCCUAGAAUAAUCUUUUUGUAAUUAUUGG